AUGGGGCAAGCUUUAUCGAACGAGGACCCCGUUCCUCGCUCCCACGAGGAGCUAACUAAAGAACUGGCCAACAAGUUUGCGGAAAAGUGUUUUACCCCCCUUGAGCUAUACUCUUUCAAGGAUGUCUUCAACAGCCUCGCCGACCGUGAACACGAGGUCCGCUAUCUGAAAGAAGGCACAAUUGCACGAUAUCUCGAGGUCCCCGAUGCCCUUGACGUGACCCCUGUGCUUUUCCAGAUGGUGUCCUACCUCGGCGCUUUUCCCUUCCUUCAGGAUGCCCCUGCUGUCCUGGGUCUGGAGCAAAUGGUCAUGGUUGUUACGAUUCUAACAGAGAGAUAUCGGAGAGUCCUGACCAGCGGCGUCACAAACCGGAGGAAACUGCUCUUCAAAAGUUUGGCAGUCUACGACCGCAAGCUCUCCGAGAUGCAAGUGGACGAGCGCGCUGAGUCAAGCGUGGAGACUGAUAAGACCGGAACUGGCCAGCGUAGAGGCCCAGUCCCGAUUUCUACGUCGCACUCGGGCUUUGCUAUCGACGAACCUGGGGAUGAUGAGGACCCGGGGCUUGACGACGGUGACGAGUUGGUCCUUGCGGCAUUCGAUUCGUUGGACUACAUCAGUGCCUUCAAGCACGGGGGGCUUCCCGUCACCCAUGACGCCAUGAUACCGGCGGUUAACUUUCAAAAACUCAUCAUGCUUCUCCUCUUGGUAGCGCCAUUGGACGCGCAAGAGAGCCUAUCUUCGUACUCGAGUCGGCUAUCCGGGGAUGAACUGGAACAGCUGCGGAAGACGGCUGGCUGCGUGCUUACGGCCUUCUGCAGCAACGAACAGGAUCAACCCGCCAAACCGCCACCGGAACCGGUUCAACCAUUGCUGGAGAAUACCGGGUCAAUUAUGAACCUGAGCAUUCUAUCUCAGAUAUCAUUUUUUAUCCCGGGCCCAUCCCUCUUUCGCAGGCUCCGUCUCUUGUACUCCGGUGAUGAAGAUGGUUUCAGCAUGGGGAGUUUCGAGUCGAAGGUCUUUAACUGGAGAGCGCCAACCAUCCUGCUUAUGAGCGGAACCAGGCUUCCGGCUGAGGCACUCCAUGAUCAUUCAGGCCCCGCUUCAACGUUUCUUUCGACUCUACCCUCGCAGCGCUUUCCACCCGGUAACAGGAGCGAUGACGAACACGAAAGGGUGACAUUCGGGGUCUACUUAAGCCAGACCUGGAAACACACUCACCGAGAAUGUUUCGGCAACGAAGACAGUGUUCUGUUCCAACUGGAGCCGGUCCACGACGUUUUCCGCGCGUCUACGGUAAACAAAGACUACGCAUCAUUCACAAAGCCAUCAGGCUCCGCGCCAUUGGGGGGCGUAUCCUUCGGCUGCCCGCCCCCGCAACCCACCCAAGCGUACCGCCGUUCCAACAUCAUGUCACUCGGGCCUGUCUCACUCGCCCUCGAAGAUAGUUUCGAGUUCGGAUGCUUCACGCACAACUACACGUCACAAGGGGGUGCAUUCCAGACCAGUGUGGAAAGGAAGUUCGACUUCCAGGAGCGGUUUGAGAUCUCGAGCAUUGAGGUAUGGGGCUGCGGCGGAGACGAGGAGGCCAAGCACCAGGCUGAGCGUUGGGCUUGGGAGGCCAGGGAAGCGGAGGCGAGAAGGAAGAUUAAUCUCGGGACUGGUGACCUUGAAGCAGAUCGGGCCUUGUUGGAGAUGGCUGGUUUAGUCGGGGCAAAUCGGAGCGGCGGUAGUAUGGCUUAG